CUUUGCUAUCAAAGUCUGAGGGCACGUUGUGAAAGUUCUGACCAUUCUUCACAUAACUUUCUUUCUGAUCUCUUCCGGACUUUAACAUGGGAGCUUCUCAGUCUGGACGACUGCAUAUGUUCCAAGAUCUGGCUGAUAAAACUGGCUUUUCCAUAGAGCAGAUAAAUAACCUCCAUAUCAGAUUUAUGUACCUGACUCAAGGUGAAGACACUUUAAGACGUGAACACCUUGAGAAUAUUAGCAAUUUGGCUCUCAACCCAAUCCGAAGACAGAUCGUUGAGGCUUUCUUUGAUAAAAGGAACUUGGGUGAAAAAGAGAAGGGCUGUCUGCAGGAGAUUGGUUUUGAGGAGUUUGUUACGGUCCUGUCCUUCUUCAGACCACCCAAACCACGCAUUGCUGAUGAAGAGAUGAAAAACAUCAAGAAGGAGAAAUUACGCUGUGAGAAUACAGAUAGUCUUUGUAUAGCAGCUUUCUUUUAAAAGAUAUCAGUGUUAUAUAUUAGUAUCAUUGACAUUUUAUUAUGAUUUUUGUUCAAAUUUGGAAUAUGAUACAAAAAAU